AUGCGGUGCCGCACCGCAAUUACUGCCCCAAAAAGAACAAUUGUUGGAUGUUUUACAACGGCGAAAUUUGUUCGCCGGAGCAAUGAAGUUCACAGACUCGCCGGUCAUAGAGCUCACCAUUGUGCCCUAGCUAAGUUCGCCGAACGCCGGCUACUCCCUCCCGCUCCCGCCGCCCUCAAUCCCUACACCCCUCUUCUCUCCUUUUCCGGCAAGCGCGCCAUCGAACUUGGCGCCGGUUGCGGUCCCGCCGGAAUCGCUCUCACUGCUCUCGGUCUUGACAUUAUUCUCACCGACAUCGCCCCCGUGAUGCCGGCCCUUCGCCGCAACAUCAAGCGCAAUCGAUUCGCCCUCCCCAAAACUCCCAAACACGCCCAGCUCUACUGGAACAAAGCUGAACAGAUCCGAUCCCUCAAUCCUCCCUUUGAUCUCGUUAUCGCUGCUGAUGUUGUCUACAUGGAGGACUCCGCAGCACAGCUCGUGUCUGCGAUGGACGCUCUCGUUGCCCCCAGCGGAGCGGUUCUGUUGGGCUACCAGCUGAGAUCACCGGAGGCGCACCGCAUAUUUUGGGAUCGGUGUUCGGAGGUUUUUCCGGUGAUUGAGAAGGUGCCUCACGAGGAUCUUCACCCGGAUUAUGCUUAUGAGGAGACUGAUGUGUAUAUCUUCAGGAAGAACAAGUGAAAUUAUUGGAUGCCCUAGAGAAAUCUGGUAAAGUAACUUCGUUCCUUCUUGUUAGUUUGUAACUUUCAUCUCCUUCUGCUUGGUUGCAUUAGUGUGUCCAAAUUCCAAUUUUGCAGCAUAUAUGAAGAUUAGUCUGCAACACUAUUGAUGGUGCUUAGUUGUGAUUUUUAAUCCUUUGUUUGUCAUUGGAAGAAUUUACGCCUUUGCUUUGAUACAAUUAGUAGCUUGUAUAAGAAAGUACUGCUUUCUUGCAUAAUUGACUCUGUCUUGAAACAUCUGAACUUGUGACAGAGCUUGCUUGCUUGUUCUUAAUUCAUCUUGAAGUAAUUGACUGUGUAGAUUGUUGGGAAAUUUAUGUACAUACCACAG